GCAAUUCAUACCCUUCUCUUUUACCUCAAGCGGUUUUUCCGCAAUUCAGCUACUGAUUUCUAUAUCUUCACCCCAAAUUAUUUCUGCUGAAUCGGAUCAAGAGAAAUGUCGUCUUUGGGCACAUCGAAAGGAAUUUUGGAGAUUGCGAAAUUUGCAGUGUACGUCACUGUUCCAAUCGGAUUGAUGUACUUCUUCGCUAGCAAUACAAAGAAUCUCCAGAAAGUUAUGAGAAAUCGCGAAUAUGUGGUCUAUCCUCCUGAAGCUCAACGGCCCCCAUCCCCGGAGGAAAUGAGGGAGAUGGCAAGGGAACUAGCUCGCCAGAGAAAAGCAGCAAAGGAUUCCCAAUAAGCCAUAUACGGUCGUAGCCAUAAUGAGUUCAGACGCUACUACACUUAUGACCAGAUCCAUGUGUGGGUGAUUCCGUUAAUCAGGUUCACAAUGUCUGUAAAUUUGCUAAUUUGUCAAUGUUGUUACUCUACUUUCCUCUUUGUUCAUGUAUAAGGCGACAUCGUGUGGUGCUUUAAUAAUAAGUUGGUUUGUGUUCUGAUUAA